CAGGAUCGCAAUCAGCAUCGACUAAUCACGACAUAUCCGUGUCGACUUGCAUACGCGAAGGCUUAGCCACAUAGUACUGCUCCUCCACGCUCCUGCAGCCGACUCGACUCGACACUCCCGCUUUCGCCGCCGCACUCCCUUGCACGCAAAUCUCGGAGCGCUCACCGCUGCGGUGAGGGUGAGGGCGGCGUGAGCAUCGUAGAGAGCGCGACCAGCAAUCGCAAAGGUGGCCUACUCAUCGCCCGCCAGUGGAGCUGAGGCUGCCUCCACCGCCGCCGGCUCGAACCACCGUCGUCGGCCCUCUCGCGGCGGCAGCAAUCUCCAUACUGCGAGCCAUCUCAAUGCCCAUGCCCAACCCCAGGCCCAUGUUCCGGUAACUGCAGUAAACAGUGGAGUCACUGGAACCUCUGCCUCAACCAGGCUGACGGCUGGGAGUGGAGCUCCCUUUGGCCUGCGAGCAUCGACGUCGCCCACGCGUCACGCCUCGCUCACGCUGGGCACCACAUCUUUCGACGAGGACGACGAGCGCGACCAGCACCGCCAGCACAUGUCGCUCGACCGCAGCCCGUCUCCGAGGCGCGACGGCGGCUGGUCGUCGCCAGGCUUGACCACUCCUGAUGGCGAAAUCAACGGCAAACGCCUACGUGGAGCCUCGCCAAGUGCGAGCAGCGGCAUGAAUGGCGGCCACGAUGUCACAUGGGCCAGCGCAAAGCAGCGCUCCGCGAGAAUCAGCGGGUACCCAAGCUAUCAAAGCACAAAUCAAGGCUUCUUUGGGAGGUUCAAACGGAAACUGAGCAUGAGCUUACCAUAUGCAUACGGCGGACAGGAUGGUAGAUUUGCAGAGAAAGAGAAGCUGGGCCGCGGACGAUUACCGGUUCAGAAGAUGCAGUGGACUGAACUGCUCGCUGAGAUGGUCAGGAGGAUGGGGUUGAUACUGUCACGGAAACGAAAGUGGUACGCGCUGGUGAUAUUGAUUCUGACAUUCGCGUUAUUUUUCUUCAAAAACUCACUCGUAUAUCAGUACCGACGAACAUCAUGGCUGGGUGGUGGCGCGAAAUUCGUCAUCAUUCUAGGCGCGAAUCAAGGCGGAGGCGUGAUGGAGUGGAAAGGUGCAAGAGAAUGGGCGAUAGAAAGAGACAGUGUGAAAAACAAGAAGAAGUACGCAGCGCAAUGGGGCUACAAUCUCCACAUUGUGGACAUGAGCACCAAGAAACGGUAUGCACACGAAUGGCGAGAGAGUUGGGAGAAAGUGGACAUCAUUCGGAAUGCCAUGAAGAAGUUUCCGGAUGCCGAAUGGUUUUGGUGGCUGGACCUCAACACCUUCAUAAUGGAACCUAACUAUUCUCUCCAGUCGCAUAUCUUCAACGACCUCAACAAAAACACGUACCGGGACAUCAACGUGUACAAUCCUUUGAAGAUCAAACAUCCGCCGAAUGGGACAUCGGAUAACCCAAAUGCUCCGCAGUUUGUUAACUACUUGGACGCGGAAAGUCUGUCGCCCGUUGGAGAUGGCAAGCCAGAGAGCAUCAACUUGAUCGUACCGCAAGAUUGCGGUGGUUUCAACUUGGGCUCGUUCUUCGUCAAAAGAAGUCACUGGACUGACAGAAUAUUGGACAUAUGGUGGGAUCCGGUGUUUUAUGAGCAGAGGCAUAUGGAAUGGGAACACAAAGAACAGGAUGCGCUGGAGUACAUCUACACCAAUCAGCCGUGGAUUCGACCUCACGUUGCCUUCGUACCGCAGCGAAAGGUCAACGCUUUUCCAAAUGGCGCUUGUGGCGAUGAUCGAGGUAUACACUACCAGAAAGAAGAGCGCGAUUUCUUGGUCAACAUGGCAGGAUGCGAGUGGGGUAGAGACUGCUGGGGAGAGAUGUACAAUUUCCGGCAAUUGAGCAACAGGCUCAAUCGAAAUCCAUGGGAGAAGUUCAAAGACUUCAUCAGCGAGUCAUGGAACGAAAGGAAGAAGAAAGAGAAGUCGAAACGAAAUCAAGCGGGUAUGGAGCAACAGCAGAAAGGGAAGCAAGAGGCGGAGAAAAAGAAGCAAUGAGCCUGGAAUUGAGCAGAGCUGGGAGUCAAACCGCCAGCCCACUUAUGAAAUCGACUGGACUUGCUUCUAGCUUCCGACGCCCGCGAUCUAUUGAUUCUGAUGAACACUACUUCUGGAUACGUUCAAGCGAGUUUUGCAUACCAUGACAAUGCAGCACAUACUGCACUUCAAUGCACGCAGAAGAGGACAUGCCAUUUGGCAUUCUGCAUGGCGUUUUCGAGGCGUUCCGGACGCCGCCUUGGCUUGGGCUUGAUGUGCAACAUUUUCCGUGACGGCAUUUUCCAAGCAAGCCAUCUGAGCGACUUUUCACUUCAGGCAGCGAUGGGCCCCGAUGGUGGCUGGAAAAGGUGUUGGCUUGUAUGGACGGGUCAUCAAAGGCGAGAUAGCGGUACGACCUGGGUGAGACAGCUCGGUAAACGAUGUGACGUCUGCUGGUCCAUCAAUCAUCCACUCGGUAGAGAUAUAGACUUCAUGUGAUACCAGAAACUUGUAUGUUGCUACUGACAGACCUUCCCUGGAUGUGUUGAGGCCAUACUUGGCCCAUAUGUACAACACUGAAUAUCAAAGCGUGACCGCUGGUCUCGCGAUACUUCCAUUAUUAAGAACCCUGAUCCUGUGUCCACGCAGAAUCAUGCGAGCCACGCCUAUCGUUAUGCGUGAGACAAUAAAUGCCAUGAAUAUAAGGCUGCGCUCGUCAAUCCCGACUAUUUGACCGCCGAAUCAUUGAGGAUUAGUCGCGGCACCUUUCUAUGCCUGUCGUUUCCAUCCGCUUCUGCGCCAUCUAUCUCGCUGUAAUGCUCCCGAGUACUGAUACCCCCGAUAUGAUCCAUUCCAGUAAUGCCUGGCACAAACCCACCAACGCCUCGUUGCAUGUCCUUAAGCAGGCGAUCCUCGGCUUCGCGGUUUCGGUUCCUUUGGUCUGGGUUCGGCUGCCCGGCCGCGUCUUCUCUGCCUGUACUCCUUGCCUCAUUCUCUUGAGCAGUCGGCGUUCGUCGUUGACGCAGCUCAUCCCAACAUUCUUGCAGCUCAAGCUCGACGGUCAUCCGAAUCCUUAGAGCGCAGAUCGAAGGCCAUACGGCUCGUUCGCCUUUCAGUAGCCAUGUAUCGAUUAGGUCCUGCUUGGGAUUCUGGAGCAACCGAGGCCAAUCUCUGAAUGUUAUCUCAGGCACCAAUGUAAUAUUGUUUCCAGUGCCAAUUGUUUCGUCGCUGAGAAUCCGAUGUAAUCUCUCUGGGAGGACAUUGAGGAAGUCCAGUGAGACAAGCAAUGCACGUAUCCACAGUCCAACCACAUGGGG